UGCAACUAAAAAAAAAAAAGUUCAGGGAAAACGGCGUAUUGGGGCCUUCUGCAGUUCAUCACUCAUGAAGCAAACCGAGCUUUAAAGAAAAACAUAAUUUACACGGCAACGUUCAUUAAAAACCCUUCAAAAUUAGGGAUAGUGUCGAUCUUCUUUUUUCUUCUCAAGAUAUUCUCUGUCUGAGUGAUUCAGCGGCAUGGCCACUCGCAGGUCACAAAAGCUGCAAGAGCAAAGCCAAAAAGCCCAGGAUGUGAUCGAGAUCCUCUCAUCAGAUUCUGAGCCAGAGGCACCCGACGUUGAGGAUGACGUCCCGGAACCAAUCGACGACAACGAAGACAUCAAUGAGCAACAGCCACUGCUUAGGGCAGCCGGCAUCAAGUACAAACCGGAGCCCCAAGAAGAGGAAGAACUUCAGCAAGACGACUCCCUGUCAAGCGCAAAGCUGGCUGUUCGUAGCAGGGAUACGGGGUCUGCUAAGCACAGGCACGUCAGCAUUGAAAUUCCGCUACCAACAUCGGCCGAGUUGCAGCGGUCAAAGGUUGGAACCUCAGCUUCAGAGGGCCAGGAGGGAAACGACGAGGAUGUGUUCAAGACGCCGAAGGAGAAUAGGAAGCACAUCACAUUCGACGAUAGUGAGCACGAUGAGUUUGUGACCCCGAGGGAGGGACCGUCCAGGGAUCCUAUGGAAAACAGCAUCGCCAAGCCAACGGAAACGGCUGCUGGAACGGGUGGGAAAGACGACGAGGAAGAGGAUGAGGAGGAUUCCGACGAUGAGGCGCCGCCCGAGGCCGUGUCUACACGUGCUGCGGAAGCUGAGACUCUGAAAGCCGCUGGGGCUGCUGCGAAAGCGGCCGAGCAACAAGCUGCUGCUUUGAAGCGGAAACGGCAGGAGCGUGAUACGUUCCUCAGGCAGCAGGCAGAGGAGAGGAAACGGACUCAGAAAAAGCCCACUAGGCAAGAUGACGAGGAUGAUGAGGUCACUCCGAGCGUUGACGAGCCUACGUUGGAGACGGAGAAGAGGAAGAGGGAAGUGCCGAAACUCCUACCUCUUGAAUUCCUAGAGUCGGACGACGAGGACGAUGUGCCCCAGCAAGCCGACCCUGCCGCCAAUGGACAGCACAAGCGGAGGAAACUUGGGGGCGUCGAGCAGGCCUUACUUCGCGAGCCUAAACUCCCAAAGGACAAACGGCUGGGCUCGGCAGCUUAUCGGGUGGUUAAGCGCGCCGGUGAUGCGAGGUUGGCUCCCAAGGUGAAGAAGCAGGCGGUUGACCUGAAGGAGACACUUCUGCGGAGAGACCGGAUAGCCCAGCCAAGAGGCGGCUUCUUUGUUAGGAAUCGCUAAGCAUGCCUAGGCUGAUGAAGGACGAAAGCGAGGCCGGGAGUUCAUGGGCCGGGCCGGACCGGGCAUGCCCGGCUUCUUGUGGAGUAUCAAUAGCCGGUCUGAGCCGAAAUCUCCAGGACGGAGACAUGGCGUGUCGGAACAUUGGGAAAUAUCCAUGACCUCGAUCCUUUCCGGGACGGGCAUUUGGAUGUUUUACCAGGUAGAUUCUGGGAACAUGGAGACGGGUCUGUCACCACGCAGCACAAUUUUAAAGAGAAGCGCAAUGUUUACUCAUUCCCUAAAUAGGGGUUUAAAACGCGCAUAUGUAGCAGCGAAUACCUCCCUAAGUAUGGAGAGUCCAUUGGCAAGACUGACGUACAGGUGCUCCAUUCCGU